AUGGGCUGUCUAUGUCCUGUAUCGAAAUUCCGGUCAUCAGAGGAAGAAAAGACUUUGAUGAGAGCAGAAGAACAAAUUAUACUUCCUGAACUGUCUUGCAGAAGCUUUGAUCGAGAAAUAAGCCGAUAUGCUUCAGGGGAAUAUAUCAGUCAUAAAAUAUUAAAAGAAACAUAUGAAGCUUAUAGUGUUGAUAUCGAGUUUUUUAAAGAUAAAAGAGAGCCUAGCUAUCAUUAUUAUAAAAUUCUUCAUGCAAAUGUGCUGGGAUAUCGAGUAGUAACACUGGUUUUAAUUGCUAUAUGGCUUAGCGAUGAAGAUCCAUUAGAGAAGGCAUCAAGAAUUUUUAAAAAUUAUGAUAGAAAAUGCUUAAAUAAAAUAGGUCCUGAAGGAUUCGAAAUUAUGAUUGAAGACAUGAUUUAUGCGACAGUAACAUUCAUUGAAUUUGCAAAGAAAAUGGAGCCAAACAAAAUUAAUCUAUUAGAAGCCUAUACAAAAAGAUUAAAAAAUGGUAAAGAGUAUUUAAAGCAAUAUUUGCUUUUAUUAAUCAAGCAAGGUAAAGAUGAAGAAGAAACUUUUACAGAAGAGGAAUUUUUAAAUGCUAUGAAAGACUCAUUUGUGCAGAAAUUGUGCUCAUCUUAUGGCUUCAGAGAGCUAUUGGAUUGCUGCAAUAGUCUUAGAGUGCAAAAUGGCCGCAUGUAG